CUCAGAAGUCUCAACAUGGAGUCUGCAGUGAUUGGACACAAAGCUGCACCUGAUGAGCCCCCCGGUUACAACACUAUUGCCCCCUAUGCCCCUCCGGACGCGUACCCCCCGGCCGCCCCUAUUCGUUCUGUGGACAGCACGGUGUUAAAAGGCGUUCCCCCAGGCCUGGAAUACCUCAUCCCGGUAAACCAGCUGUCGGUGCGGGAGAGAUUCACCGUGUCGCAGGGAUGGAGUCGCUCCUUCGACGUGCUGGACGCGGCCGGGCAGCGCAUGUUCCAGGCCACGCAGCGGGUGCAGUGCUGCGGCCCCGUGUAUGACGUCAUGCUCACGGAGCCCGGCGGGAGAGACGCCCUGCACUUACUGGAGAACUGCGGCUGUACCUGCACCCGGCGGGUGCAGGUUUAUGAUCAGGCGGGGGGUCUCCUCGGAUACGUUCAGCUUCACUGGUCCUCCAUGAUCACUCACCUGUCCGUGAUGAACCAAAGCAGCGAGGUGAUUCUGCUGAUCCUCGGGCCGAGCUUCAGCACUAAUAUUUUUGGGAAUGUCAGCUUCGAGGUGAAGUCCCGUGACGAGCAGCACGUGGUGGGGGUGAUCAGGAAUGAGAACGAGCAGUUCAUGGUGACGUUCCCGGCGGAUCUGGACGUGACGGCGAAGGCUCUGCUGCUGGGCGGCUGCUUCUAUCUGGACUCCCUGAUUUACUCCAAGAGGAAAGAACUGCUGAACAGGCGGAGCAAUGACUAGGGGGGCGGAGCCAGUGUCAUGAUGUCAUAGUUAUGUCACAAGGGCCAAGUGUUAAAGUUGUCUUCGUUAAACGUGAAAGGGCAGCCGUUUCCUGCGUGUCACAGAACAAUAUCCCGGGACGCCCCCAUAGCACACGUCUGUAUUACGAAGGAAGCCGAGACCAGAGGCAGCCUGGGGCAGAGCAGGCAUUACCCCAUCUCCCUCCCCCACCCAGGGGCUGCCUGAACCAAUCAACAACAAUCAGCAACUUAACGGGGAGGAAUAACCCUGCUCCUAUGGGAUAUACUUGUUGGGGGGGCGGUGGGGUAUGUAUUAAUUAUGGUUUUCUUGGGCAAAUUGAGUGCCGGGAUCUGUAACAUAGAGUUUGGGGCUUUAAAGUGUUAAUUACCCCCUUACCACAGCCCC